AUGUCAGCGGGUACUGGUGGCAAGUCAGGUCCUACGACUGGACAGAAGACGGAGGCGCGGAAGCCUGUCUCCCAGUCGGUCCGCGCUGGUCUGCAGUUCCCUGUGGGCCGUAUUCACCGUCACCUGAAGAAGAAGUCGCAGAACAACAUUCGCGUUGGUGCCAAGGCAGCGGUAUACCUGAGUGCUAUUCUGGAGUACCUCACCGCCGAAGUGCUGGAAUUGGCUGGUAACGCGUCGAAGGAUCUUCGCGUUAAGCGUAUUACGCCGCGUCACUUGCAGCUUGCCAUUCGUGGUGAUGAGGAGCUUGACUCUUUGAUUCGCGCUACGAUUGCAGGUGGUGGUGUACUGCCGUACAUCCACAAGUCGCUCAUCAAGACGCCUGGCAAGAAGAAGAGCUCGUCGUCGGAGUAA